AUGCAGUGGCGUCUUCGCUUCCUGCACCACACUUCUUCUAGUCAGUGCGCCCAAACUCUGAACCAUGCCAACCUUGCCUGUCCCACCCUCAGCCCUGGCUGCUUUCCCACCCCUUCCGCUGCCAAAAUCUCUCUACUCGCGAGACGCACCGUCGCUGCCUCGACUACCUCGCCUUGUCCCUUCUUAUCCACCCUCACUUUUUUUCAAUUCACCCCCCGGGCCUCCCCUCUCCGUUCAUUUCCGCGAGCUCGACGCUCAUUGAACUACCCGGCUCCCAGCCAUCUCCCUGUGAACCACAUUGACUUUACCUUUUUUUUUCCUCUUUUUCUUUUUUUGCCCUUUCGUUCGUGCCGUUGCGAAGCUUAG